AUGGUUUUCAAUUGUACAGGUGCGCAGACAAAAGACAACAAGUUCUUAUGUCGAGUUUGUUUGAAAAGCUUUCCUUUGCAGCGACUUCUCAAUCGCCACGUCAAGUGCCACACGGACAUCAAACGCUACCUCUGCACAUUUUGUGGCAAAGGUUUCAACGACACUUUCGACUUGAAGAGACACACAAGAACACACACUGGAGUCCGUCCAUACAAAUGCGAGCAUUGUGACAAGGCAUUCACACAACGUUGUUCACUGGAGUCACACGCGCGGAAGGUGCACAACGUUCAGUUCAAUUACAAGCACAAGGAAAGGAGAGAUAAGUUGUACGUGUGUGAGGAGUGUGGUCACUCGACGAGACAGUCUGAGGAGCAUUUUGUACACAUGAAGGACCAACAUCCACACGUGCCUACGUCCGACGAAUGUUCAAACAUUCCUCGUCAUGAAGCUGCUAAUGUGGAUUUUCCUAAAGUCAAUCUGAUGACUAUUUUUUAA